AUGUCUAGCCACCCACGAUACUACUUCUCGCUGCCUACUGAGGCACCUGCACGAUCUCGCUCAGCAAGCCGGCGGCCACCUCUAACACCAUCAACGGUUUCUUCGCCAUGCCUCACCACACUUGUGCCUGUAACCUCUCGACGGGACUCUGGAACAUCAACAUCCGGUAGCCCGACCAAGGCCUCCAUCCUCCUGGCCAAGGUUGCUUCAUCGCCUACUACACCUCGAGGCGAGACGCCACCUGGAAGCCCGAUGCUCACUCCACGAUCGAGGCUGCAGUCGGAACCGGCCUACACUUCUGAGAGGCCUUCCAUGUCAAGAACCGAGAGUGACCGCUACGUCCGCCAAUACAGGCAGCAGGACGGCUACAUCAGCUUUCCUGACUUUGAGAAGUUCUGCCAGAACCAGAACCCAUAUGGUCAGCAAGACCGAUCUGACGUCAAGACAUGA